AUGUCCCGGCUGCUGCCGCUGCUGCGGGGCCGGCCCGCGCGCGGCCUGAGGCCCGGCCCGGCCGCCGCCGCCGCGCCCCGCCCGCCCUGGUGCGGCUGCGGCCGGGGGCUGCGCGCGCUCGCGGCCGCGGGGGGCCGCCCCGCCGGCGCCCGGGGGCUGGGCACGCACCCCAAGAAGGAGCCCAUGGAGGCGCUGAACACGGCGCAGGGCGCGCGCGACUUCAUCUACAGCCUGCACUCCUCCGAGCGCAGCUGCCUGCUCAAGGAGCUGCACCGCUUCGAGUCCAUCGCCAUCGCCCAAGAAAAAUUGGAAGCUGCACCACCCACCCCAGGACAGCUGAGAUAUGUAUUCAUCCACAAUGCGAUACCUUUCAUAGGGUUUGGCUUUUUGGAUAAUGCAAUUAUGAUUGUUGCAGGAACCCAUAUUGAGAUGUCUAUUGGCAUUAUUUUUGGAAUUUCAACUAUGGCAGCUGCUGCUUUGGGAAAUCUUGUGUCAGAUUUAGCUGGACUUGGACUUGCAGGCUAUGUUGAAGCUUUGGCUUCUAGGUUAGGCCUGUCGAUUCCUGAUCUCACACCAAAGCAAGUUGACAUGUGGCAAACACGUGUUAGUACACAUCUGGGCAAAGCUGGUGGGGUGACUAUUGGCUGCAUUCUAGGAAUGUUUCCUUUGCUUUUCCUUGGAGGUGAAGAUGAUGAAAAACUGGAAAAGACAAAUUAACGCUCUUAGGAUAUCUAUAAAAAGAUGUAAACUAAUGUACCUCAACUACUAAAUAUGCUGUCACGACAUUUAGGAAUUAAGACAGUAACUGUGUAUAGAUAUGGGAUCAAAUAAUUCAGCAUGUGUAUUAUGGAAAACACUAACUUAUUGUAGCUUGGUUUUCUUAGGACAUCUUUUUAAAAAAAACUGUUUAGUAUCAUUUUGUGUAAAUUGCUGAGAUGCUUUUUCAUCAUUGGCAGUCAACAUUUUACCUUUUUCUUCUCUUUAUAUAUAUCAAAAUAUCAUUUAAGUAUCAGUCAUUGAUGUACUGUACUGACUUGGGGUUUGCUUAUUUGUUACUUAACAUGUGUACAUGCAUGAAAGCAUUUUCUGUUGUUCCCUGUAGUUAGAAUUCACCCUUAAGAUUUUUUUCCCCCAUAUUAUUUAAACUGUUCAAUAUCAGUUACAGAUUUUUUUUUUUUUACUCUUUUGGCAACAUCACUUUUGUACUAUUCCACAGGAAAUAUUCACAAUUAUAU